CGAGAGAUGGAGCCGAACUAAACCGGACUGUGGCGAGAGCGGGACAGAAGAAGAGGGGUUCCCUAAAUAGAAAUUCCCGCCAUCGUUUCGUCGGAUCGAGAUCGAUUGGAGUACGAAAUACCCCCCUGUCGUCGGACGACGGAUUUGAUAAGCAUGUAAGAGCUGCCUAGACAUGGGAGAUUCAUCAAUGGAGGACACCAGCAAUACACUUCGAGUGCUAAUAGCAACUGACUGUCAUCUGGGCUAUAUGGAGAAAGAUGAAAUUCGCAGGUUUGAUUCAUUUCAGGCAUUUGAGGAGAUUUGCUCAAUCGCUGAACAAAAGCAGGUAGAUUUCUUACUUCUGGGCGGUGACCUGUUCCAUGAGAAUAAACCUUCAAGAUCAACUUUAGUCAAAACCAUUGAGAUCCUAAGGCGCUACUGCCUCAAUGACAAUCCAGUGCAGUUCCAAGUUGUCAGUGAUCAGACAAUAAACUUCCAAAACAUAUUUGGUCAUGUAAACUACGAAGAUCCGCACUUCAAUGUUGGCCUACCUGUUUUCACUAUUCAUGGGAAUCAUGAUGACCCUGCAGGAGUGGAUAAUCUUUCUGCCAUUGACAUUCUCUCUGCAUGUAAUCUUGUCAACUAUUUUGGUAAAAUGGUGCUUGGUGGCUCUGGAGUUGGUCAAAUAAAACUCUGUCCUAUACUUAUUAAAAAGGGUACAACUUUGGUGGCUUUAUAUGGCCUUGGAAACAUUAGAGAUGAACGGCUUAACAGAAUGUUUCAGACACCGCAUGCAGUACAGUGGAUGCGGCCUGAAGUCCAAGAAGGAUGUCCAGUCUCCGAUUGGUUCAACAUUCUGGUUCUUCAUCAGAACAGAAUCAAGACAAAUCCCAAAAAUGCAAUAAAUGAACAUUUCUUACCACGGUUCCUAGACUUUGUAGUUUGGGGACAUGAACAUGAAUGCCUCAUUGAUCCACAGGAGAUUCCGGGAAUGGGUUUUCAUAUUACUCAGCCAGGCUCUUCAGUUGCAACAUCACUGAUUGAUGGAGAAUCAAAGCCUAAGCAUGUACUGCUUUUGGAAAUUAAGGGUAGUCAGUACAGACCAACAAAAAUACCUUUAAAGUCAGUGAGGCCUUUUGAGUAUGCUGAGGUUGUGUUAAAGGAUGAAGCAGAUGUUGAUCCUAAUGAUCAAGCAUCUGUUCUUGAACAUUUGGACAAAGUUGUUAGAAAUCUGAUUGAGAAAAGUAGGAAAGCAUCUAUCAGCAGGUCCGGGCUUAACCUCCCCUUAGUCAGAAUAAAGGUUGAUUACACUGGAUUUUCAACAAUUAACCCUCAGAGGUUUGGCCAGAAAUAUGUGGGGAAGGUUGCUAAUCCACAAGACAUUCUCAUUUUCUCUAAGGCUGCAAAAAAACGCCAAUCUGUUGAAGAGAAGAUUGAUGAUUCUGAAAGGCUUCGUCCAGAAGAACUGAAUCAACAAAACAUUGAGGCUCUAGUCGCUGAAAGUAACCUGAAAAUGGAGGUCCUUCCAGUUAAUGAUUUGGAUAUUGCUUUACAUGACUUCGUUAACAAAGAUGACAAAACGGCUUUCUACUCUUGCCUGCAGUACAAUCUUGAGGAAACGCGAAACAAAUUGAAUGCUGAGGCAGAUAAACUAAAUAUUGAAGAGGAAGAUAUAAUUCUUAAAGUGGGGGAGUGCAUUCAGGAACGUGUGAAGGAAAGAUCACUACGUUCUAAGGAAAACACAGGAAUUACCUCCAGCUCACAAAACCUGCAGGAUAGUGGAGGCAAAUUUACCAGUCGCCCUAGUAGUGUGAAUUCCUUUAGUGAUGAGGAGGACACAAGGAAGAUGCUCUCAAUUUCAAAGUCUGCUGGCCGAGGAAGGAAAGUAUCUUCUGGAGCUUCUAGGGCUUCUCAUGAUGCUUCUGACCAUCGUGAAAGCAGACCUUCUAGGAGAGGCAGGGGAAGAGGCUCUAGCAGUUUAAAGCAGAUGACUCUUGAUGCAACAAUGAAAAUCCGCCAGUCAGAGAGAUCAGCAUCAGCCUCUGCAUCAGCUGCAGUUCGUAGUAUUGUGGAGGAAGAGGUAGACUCUCCUUCAAGUGAAGAAACAGAAAGAUAUGAAGUAAAUGAUGCUGCUGAUAGUUCUGAGCCUGAAGAAACUUUCCAAGAAAGGGGGCGUAAAAGAGCUGCACCUAGGGGUAGGGGAAGAGGUUCUACAUCAUCUGCAAAGAGGGGACGGAAAUCAGAUGUUUCUUCCAUCCAUAGCUUGCUUAUGAACAAGGACAAUGAUGAUGAUGAUGAUGAUGACAUAUCGAACAGAUUAAAGAAAGCUAAACCUCGGGUGACUAGGAAUUAUGGAGCUGUGCGAAACAGGUAAUGUCUAUCAAGGUCAUAUUUUCUGAAGAACAUCAUUGUACAUCAACCCUUGGAGACUGGCGGACAAAAGCCAUUUCAGAAUUGCUAGCUUUUGUUGGAAGUCAUAAUGAGUUCUGUAUGUUAUCUUGUAAUGUUAAAAUUAGCUUUGUUUGCUUCUCUUUGUACUUACAUUUGAAAGGUUAUCGUGAUUUUCAUUAUCUGGAAA